AUGACAGUUUCCAGCAAGAAGUGUCCUUCCAUUGAAGGAAGAGGAGUUGUCAUUGCUGCAAUCUGUGCUGUGGCAGUGAUUUCUGUUUGCACAGUUCUUACCGUAUCUCUGACAGUUGCCAGGAAAUUCCAACAAGACAUGGCACCCAGGCCAGCCUUCAGUACAGGUGGAGAUAUGUUGGAUUAUCUGCUAAAUCUGAAGAGAAUUGACAGAAAAGAUGGUUUAUUGGUCAGUUGGUACCAUGCUGCAAACAGAAAGCAGGAGAUGGAAGAGGCCUUAAAGAGUGAAGUUAUGGCCCUGGAAGCUGAUGUCACCAUUGAAGCAUAUAAUACACCCAAUGAGACAGACAGGCCUAUCAUGGCCCACCCACCUGACAUCUACAGUGAUAACACCUUUCAGGAAUGGCUGGAAGCUGUGCUUAAGUCAUCCAAUAAAGCUAUCAAGCUGGAUUUCAAAAGCAUCAAAGCUGUUGGUCCAUCUCUGGAUACAUUAGCAAAAACCUCCUCUCAAAUGAAUAUUGACAGGCCUGUGUGGCUAAAUGCAGACAUUCUGAGAGGACCAAAUGUACCUUUUAAUAUUGCAGUUAACGCAAGCCGAUUCCUCUCACUCAUCCAGGAGAAGUUCCCAAACUGCACUCUCUCCCCAGGAUGGUCAACCCUCUAUUUACCUUUCUUUCCAAACAAGACCUACACACAGAAAAUGGUUGAAGAAAUGCAUGGCCUUGUAGGGAAGCUGCCUCAGCAAAUCACCUUCCCUGUAAGAGCUGUCAUGGCAAGACUAGCCUGGCCUCAUUUGAGUUGGCUUCUGAGCCAGUCAAAUAGGUACAGUUUGACUCUCUGGCAAGGGAAGACUGAUCCAGUUACAGUAGAAGAUCUCCUGUUUAUCCGAAAAAAUAGCCAACCUGAACAAAUUUAUUAUGACCUUUAUGAACCUGUUUUGACUCGGUUCAAAGAAUUGGCAUCUGGAUUAGUAGUUUAACACAUGGACUAGAUGUUCAGAUCCAGGUUUACUUGUCCUUGGUUCUCAGCACAACAGGAAGCUCCAGACGGCAAGUGUCUCAACUGAUAUCAUCAGAUCAGCUACAAAGUCUAACCUCUGCUACUUUGACUACUUGACUUUUAUUGUACA